AAGCUACGACAAUCAAUAGCUCUUUGUAAGCAAUCUUGUAUGGUAAACUUAUCUUUAUUACUUUUUCUUAGAAUAACAUUAAUUACCUGUGAGCAAGAAACUGACAUAAUUAAAAGAUCUUGAUCAAUAAAAAUAGUAUAUUCCAGCACCAUUUAUGAUUACAUCUUCAUUUAGACCAAAGGUAAAAAGUGUCAUCACAUAUGGAUCCAAGUGUAUAGAGUUAUGUAUAUCUUCGUCCAAAAGCUAAAACAGUUCCACCGGUGCCAUGGAAAAUAACAUUACAAGUAACAGUAAACCUCCACCUGUCCGUUCAAACGACCAAACACCCACAGCUCAGCAAUCAAGACGAAGUAGCGAUGCUGGAAGAGGCUGGGAUGUCUUUGAGACAACGAUUCGUGGUGAAGAUGAGUAUGACUGGGCAAUGUACGAUAAAGUGAUUAAACUGGUUAAAUUAAUAGUCCUGGUGGUAACUUCUUGCAUUGUAAUAAUUAGCAGUUUAAUCUCAAAAAGCACCUUUCACUUGAUGGUUUCAAUGAUAGGCUCUCACCGAUCUACUGUUUGUAAUUUAAAUAGUCCUGGUUUGGCUUCUGAUCGUCGUUAUUAUAUAACAUUUGAAUCAGAAAAUGACGAGGAUUAUGAACAAGUGAGUAGGGAAAAAAUCAUCUGGAGUUGGUGUCUAUUUUUCUGUCUGAUAUGCCCUGAGCUUUUAACUGCUCUUCGGAGUAUUCGAGCUGUUUUUUCCAGUGGAUCAACAUGGCCAACAUGGAAAGGUUUUGCAAUGGUUACAAUAAUGGAAAUGUGUAGAGCUAUUGGUAUUGGAAUAUUGACUUUUUAUAUUUUGCCUUCAUUAAACGUGAUAUUUGGACUUAUGCUCACUUCGUCCAUCUGUUUGGUACCCGUUUUACUUCAAACAAUCUCACUGGAUGAUCUACCAAAGAGCAAGAAUCUGCUGUUGAUGAAUAUUAUUGCAACUGGUUUUGCAGUCAUUUCAUUAAUUUUAUGGCCUUUUGUCUCUAUUUACUCUGAAGAGGCAACUUCAGUGGGACAAUUGAUAUCAUUACCAUUGAUAUUGAUCAUAAUUUCCCUCGGUUGGGCCGAAAAUUAUUUACCAAGGGAAUCUUAUUAUUUCAAGUUUUCUCCAUUGUUGGCCAUUAGUGAAUCUUUAGCUACAUCUCGCUAUUUAAUUUAUUUGAUCGUCGGACCUUUAAAGGUACUUAUUUGGCUGUCCAUAAUGAUAGCUGUAAAUCAUUUCAAGAACAAUAUUGCACCAACCCAAAUGUUUUCUCGCUUCUAUCUAUUGACAACGCCACACUCAAUCAUGAUCAAGGAAGACUCUAACAUAGGAUCUCCAGUUUAUGUAACAAGUGAUUUGAUUCAUAUAAAUUUGAUGGCUGCUCAAAUGGUUAGCUCACUUGUUUGUUAUAUUGCUGGUAAAUUUGCGUGUAAAAUUUGUGUCCAAACAAGUGCCUUCGCUUUACCGAUAUCUUUGACAUCUCCAUUGAUCAUUGCUCUAGCUACAGUCAUUUGUCACACCAAAAGUAGAUUCAUUUGUCUGAUUUACAACUACUUUACCUUUUUACCGGGUUAUGUCUUCUGGUACUGUCCAAAUCAUCUAUUUAUUCAACACUGGUCUUUCAUGGUGAUAACCACUUUCUGGUUCACCUCUUAUAUAACAAGUGUCUGGUCAUCUUUACACAUCUGGUCACCACCAAGAGAGAGAACUGCUCGAACUGAAAAGCUAUUUGUUUCCCCUUUGUAUUGUGCUGCUUUCAUCGAUGUUUCCCUUGCCUUUAAUAGACGACGUGAAAAACAACAAACCAUCAGUGAAUCAGAUCUUACCAACCAAUCUUCAACCGGUGGUUUGGGUCACUUUGACUCGACUGAACUCUCAGACCAUGUGAUACAUGAUUCAGAUAGAUUGACUCGGAUCUAUGCUUGUGUGACAAUGUGGCAUGAAACCAGUGACGAGAUGUUACAAACGGCAAAAUCAUUAAUGAGAAUGGAUGAAGAUCAAUCUGCUCGUGCAAAUGCUCAAAAAUAUUUAAAAGUCGUUGAUCCAGAUUAUUAUCAAUUUGAAACUCAUGUCAUGUUUGAUGAUGCAUUUGAAUUAUCUGAUGAAGAUGAAAUGGCCAUUAAUAGCUAUGUUAAACAAUUUUUUGAAGUAAUAAACGAUGCUGUCAGCACUGUUCAUAGGACACAUCUGAAACUGAAACCACCAACAGUGAUUCCAACUCCUUAUGGCGGAAGAAUAAUUUGGACUCUUCCAGGUCAAACAAAGCUAAUUGUACACCUAAAGGACAAGACCAAGAUUCGUCACAAGAAAAGAUGGAGUCAGGUAAUGUACAUGUAUUACCUAUUGGGUUAUCUUUUGAUGGACACAAAUCUUCAUGUUAACCGUAAAGCAGUAAGAGCCGAGAAUACGUAUUUAUUAACGUUAGAUGGGGACAUUGACUUUUCCCCGCCAGCAGUCUUGUUGUUGAUUGACUUGAUGAAGAAAAAUAGCAAUCUUGGUGCCGCUUGUGGACGCAUUCACCCUGUUGGUGCUGGUAUUAUGGUUUGGUAUCAACGGUUUGAAUAUGCUGUCAGCCAUUGGCUUCAAAAGGCUGCUGAACAUGUCUUUGGUUGUGUCCUUUGUUCACCUGGAGCUUUCUCAUUGUUCAGAGCUCGAGCUUUGAUGUCUCCCAAUGUUAUGGCCACUUAUGCUUCAGAGUCUAAAGAACCAAUAGACUUUGUACAGCACGAUCAAGGAGAGGAUCGCUGGCUUUGCACUUUACUUCUUCAGAGUGGACAUCGAGUUGAAUAUAAUGCUGCUUCCGAUGCUUUUACUCAUUGCCCUGAAAGUUUUAAUGAAUUUUUCAUUCAACGUCGACGAUGGGGUCCGUCAACUAUUGCCAACAUCAUUGAUUUACUUCAAGAUUAUAAAAAUUUGAUUGCCGUCAAUCAAAGUAUCUCCAUUUGGUACAUUGGUUAUCAAAGCUUUCUCAUGUUAUCAACAAUCAUUGGACCUGGAACUAUUAUAUUGAUGCUUAUUGGAGCUGUUAAUGCUGUCUUCAAACUUGAUUACACUAGAUCAUUGUUAAUCAACUUGAUUCCAAUCAUGGUCUUCAUUAUAGUUUGCUUCAUUGCCAAAAAUGAUUUACAAUUGUUUCUCGCUCAAAUACUGUCAGCUGCCUACGUUUUCUUGAUGCUCGCAGUCUUGAUUGGAACAGCUAUUCAGAUCAAAGAUGAACCCUUUUCACCGUCAACUGUUUUCUUUUUCAUCUUGAUAUUUACUUUUCUGGUUUCAGCUAUUCUUCAUCCUAGAGAAAUUUCUUGCUUCUUUUCAUUUCCUCUUUACCUUCUCUGUAUUCCAAGCAUGUAUCUGAUUCUUCAACUUUAUUCCCUAAUCAAUCUUAACGUUGUUAGCUGGGGAACACGAGAAGCACCUUCAAAACCAGCAAAACAAACAGCCGAGGUAAUAACCAAAGUAACUCAAAACAAACCUGGUGGAAGAUCAAAUGCAGUCCUUCAAUUUUUAAAUACAAUGGAAAACCGUAAAUCACAAGAAGCUAAUAUUUCAUUCAGCUUAGGUAAUCUGUUUCGUUGUCUGUUAUGUACUCAUGAUACUAAAUCAGCCAGUGACAUUCAACUUGUACGAGUCGAAGAAGCAAUUCGAGAACUAUCAAGCAAAGUAAACACAAGUCAUUACUCAGGCCGCCCAAGACGAGCUUCAGAGUUAUCCCGAGUAACUGAGGAAAGCGUCGUCAAUGAAACUAUUGCUGAAGUCGAGGAAGAUGAGGAAGAUCUGGAUCAGGAACCAGAAGAAGUAAAGAUUAUCCGAGACGAUCUAAGAAACCCGUAUUGGAUUGAGGAUCCAAUUUUCCGUAAUUGUCCAGUUGUCUUCCUCUCUGACCAUGAAACAACCUUUUGGAAAGAGUUGCUCAAAAAAUAUCUUCAACCUCUUGAAAAAAAUGCAGAAAAAGAAGCACGAAUAUCUAAUGGUUUAAAGAUGUUGCGAGAUAAAACCAUGUUUGGUGUUCUCAUGUUGAAUGCGAUUUUCCUACUCACAAUUUUCCUAUUACAAUUGAACAAAGAUAAACUUUCAAUCACAUUACCCUUUCGAUUUGACCUAUCCAGUCCAAAGCCUAAGGAUGAUGGUUACAUUGAUUCAGAAGAGGAAGACACUGCAAGCAAACUGGAACCAGUUGGAGCCUCAUUCAUCAUUUGUUUUGCUAUAAUUUUGAUCAUCCAACUUAUUGGAAUGUUUAAACAUCGACUUUCAACCAUUUCCCAUAUUUUGGCCUUUGUUCAAUUGGACUAUUUCGGUCGUAAAAAGCUGACAUUUACUGAUGAUGAAUACAUUGAAAAAAAUGCCAUCGAGAUAGCCAAAGAUUUACAAUGUUUAAGAGGAAUCGAUGAAGAGGACAAUCAAGAGGAAGUUAAAGAUGAACUGGGCCAGAAGAAACCUAGUAAAUCGAUUAAUGAUGCUAAUAAAUCGGCCAUAAAAGGUGAUAAUCAAUCAAAAAGGAUCUUACAGCGAAAGAAUACAAUCUUCAACUUGGAACGAAACCGAGAGCGUAAAGAAAAAACGUUAACACUUGAUGUUGCCUUUAGGAAACGAUUUCUUAGUUUAUCAUCACAAGAUAAUGAAGGAUUGUCUCGAUUUGGAGGAAACUUGAGAAGACGACAAGCAAUUGAAGCAUUGGAACGACGUCGGGAUAGACUUUUAUCGGCAUCAACUUGGUGGAUUGACAACCAAACUGAAAGGUCAUCAUCUUCAGUGACAACAAUCACAAAUGGUAGAUCAGAUUAUUCGCAUAAUCGUGUAAACAAUCGAUUCCGGGAAAUAAUCAAUACAAACAGUAAUCCUGUUAACAUUUAUAAUGACAUUUACCAUCGACGCAAUUUGGUUAAUAACAAUAGUUAUUCGGUUUUAACACGUCCAGGAUUAAGGACCUUUGGCCAUUACAUGUAUACUAAUAAUUCAGAUUAUCCUUCAUCAUCAGAAGCAGGUUUCAACAAUCACAACAAUUGGUGAUUUAACAAUGUUUAAUGGUCUUCCUUCGCUGGAUAAGUCAACUCAUUAAGUCAAACGAUUUAACCUGAUGUCGAUGAUUAAAGGUUAUCAAUGAAAAGCAGUCCAAAUGAUCAUCGGACGAGGAAGUAGUUGACGAGUUAUUUAGUUUAUUUUGCCUUUCACCUGAGGCCGCGAUAACAGCGUAAAUAACGUGCAAAGAUGGUUAAAGUUACAUUGAAAAGGAAAUACGGAAAAGAAAAGGAAGAAAAAUUGAUGAUGAUAAUGAUGAUGAGAAUGAAAGUGAAUGUUGUUUAUUGUCCCAAAUAUUGAUCACGGAAAUGGACAUAACAACGAGUUAUUAUUGACAUUUUCAUUUAAAUCAUUCACCUUUUAUCCUAUCCUUGGGUCAAGUUGUACUAAUGCUUCAAGCUGACAGACCAGAUUUAGUUUUAUUUAAAUCUCAAGUUUUAAUCAAUGCAUCAAUUCAACAAUUCAAAUCAUCAUCUACUAUUCAACAUUUUUUUAUUCAAUUUCACAUUUUAAUGUUGGAUCAAUCCAAAGUUAAACGUUUGCUGCAUUCGAGUUUAAUUUUACUGUUUAAUUGCUUAAUUUAAAAAUCUUAUUGCAUGAUUAAUUGUGGUUUAUGGCUGUAUAAUGGAGUAACCGAAAAUUGGAAAUAAAUUGUAAAUUAAGAUUUGUUAUUAAUAUUA